AUGAGUGAGACAGGGGAACCCGAGACAAUUGCUUAUGAAACAUUUAUCGAUCUGCUUCAAUUCGAUCCCUACAAGCUAGACAUUGAUAAAUUACAACUUUUAUCGACAAUCAGGUAUGACCCUGGCCUCACCUCCAAUCAACCCACUACAGUUGCAGAAGUCAAGAAGGCUAACUUCUUCUGCUUCUCUGACCACAUCGAUAGACUCAGGUUCACUGCCGACUAUUUCACAUCAUCGUUGAAGAACGAAAAACUUGUUGAGGACCUCUUCCCCUAUGAGAUCACAGAGAAGUACAUCUUUGAUCAACUCAGAAACACCUUAUUCGAGUCUCAGGUGAGGCUCGAUUUGCCAAUGAAGGUACGCCUUUUGAUGAAAAUGAAUGGUGAGGUGACCAUUGAGCUACACGAGACUCCCGUGAGAGGAAAUCUCUUUGACGGACUAGACGAAGACGGCCUUUUUACAGAAAGGUUCGAUUUGUAUGUCCAGAACGAGCCAAUUUUGCCCUCUCCGUUCACCUCCUUCAAAACCACCCACAGGGCAGUUUACACGAAUGCCAGAAACAAAGCACUCCCUGGUCAUAGACCAGGCAAGGAAGAGGUCCUAUUGGUGAACACCUCAAAUCAGUGA